AUGGCUACGCAGCCGCCGCCAGGAACACGCCGAUUCGAGAUUUGCAUCAUCCAUGCGCUGCCUCUGGAAGCCCGCAUGGGCAAGGUACACGCUGCCGGCACGGCAUGCGGGCUAGCCUCUACCUUUGAACAUCUCAAGCUGGCCCUGCUUAUGGGGAUAUGCGGCGCGUCCCUCAGAGACACUAAUGGCGAGGACAUCUCCCUGGGCGACGUCGUCAUUGGCAAACACGUGGUUCAGUACGAUCUCAGGCGUCGCUACUCUCACGCAUUCGGGAUGAAGGACAGUCCAAGCGAGGUCUUGGGGAGGCAGAACUCGGAGAUCCGGGCGUCUGUGAGCAAGAUAGAGUCGCAGAAGGAGGCUAUCCGGGACUCGACGCACCGAUAUCUCGCCGAGUUGCUGGGCAAACUGGACGGACGCUCCGGUCAGCUUCUUGAGCACUCGAUGCCCGAGGACACGAGAAGGACCGAGGCCCCGGCUCAGACAAUCGGCAGGCCGGCGAUUCACUUUGGAACAGUUGCCUCUGGCGACAGCGUCGUCAAAUGCAGCCAAGUGCGCGACGCCAUCGCCGAGCAGUCACAGGCCAUCGCCUUUGAGGUGGAGGGCGCGGGCGUGUGGGUCUACGUUCCCUGCAUCGUGGUCAGGGACGUCAGCGACUACGCCGACUGCCGCAAGGACAAGCAGUUCCAGGGCUAUUCUGCGGCGUGUGCGUCUGCGUAUGCGAGAGCCAUUGUCGAACAAUGGGUGGUGACGGAGACGCGGGAAAGCCGGACAGCUUCUACAACGAGCGAGAGGCCGGUUUCUUUCUUCAACACUGCAAGCCGAACAGUCAACCAGGGCAUUACUCAAACGUUCUCCGGCCAAAUCAACAAUUUCUAG